GUCAUAUUAAUUAACCUAUGAACCAAAAUAAAAUCUAUUAACAUAUCUAACCCCAAUCUAAUUAACAAAAUCAAUUCCCCAAAAUUAACUUCAAUUCCCCCCAAAUUAACCUAAAUCCUAAAUUACCAUCAAACACUUCAAAAGAAAGAAAGAAAUCAUCAUCUUCGUUCUUCUUCUUCAGAAAAAGAAACAAAUCAUCACCUUUUCACUAAACCUCGUCAUUAAGCUUCCACACACUUUUUUGUCUCACGAAACAAAACUCUGAAACAAAUCCACCACCUACCAUUGCAGUUGCAGCUACCAACUCACUUUCAAUCCAAUCAACCCCACAAGUUCAAAGCUUUCAUCGAUUUCUUGACACCCAUUACCCCACAACCUCCAAAAACCAUGUCAGUCUCAUGUGGGGUGGAGUGCGUGUUCGUGCUCGGCUGCGCGCGGUGGCUCUGGAAGCGCUGCGCCUACAUCGGCUCCUACGACAGCACCACCUGGCCCUCGGCUACCGCCGUUGAAUUCGACCCGGUGUCGCGCGGCUGUUGUUUGGCCCUUCUUCUUUCCCUUUUUUUUUUUCUUUUUUGUUUCUGCUGUUUGUUUUACUGGUAGUCUGGGAUGUCUUCCCCACUAUCCUAUUGAGGUUCCAGAUCUAAUUGCAGGUGGGGGUGGGGUUGGGGUUCACAAAUCUUGUUGCAGGUGGGGGUUCGAUCUGGACGAAGAAACUUAGUGGAUUUGAUGCUGUUGUGGUGGUUGGUAUAAAGGGAAGAAAAUGGUUGCUGGGUUGUUGUGCUUGUUGGAGGUGGGGGUGGGUUUCUGGGUGGUGGUUGUUGGGUGGCUGGGUUUGUUGAAGGUGAAGAUGAAAGACUGAUUAAUUUGGUUUGAGUUUUAAAUGGAUGAUGAAGAUGAAUAUUUUAAUUAAGUUUUCAUUAAUUAAACUUUUUUUUUGUUAAUUUUAAUUGGAAAAAAAUAAAAAUCUAAAUCAGCUUCAUUAAUUAAUUUAUUUUCCUAUUGUGUAAUUUUUUAUUUUCCACAUAAGCAAAUUUAAUCUACUCAGCGAUCCAAAUCAGCGCUCGCCGGAGCUCCGGGCUCUGGCGAGGAUCCGCUUCAAAUAAUUUUUAAAGAUGAGGACCAUUUACAAUAAUUUUUCCGGUGAGAGACCUAGAUCAGACGGCGACACAAAGACAGAGACCAAUAUGAUGCUUAAUCCUAUUUGUAAUUCAAUUUUGGUUGUAUGCUCAACAGUUUCAUAUGGGUUAAGUGAAAAUAUAUUAUUUUAAUCAUAUGUGUGAAAAUGUUAUUUUAAACCUUAUUUCGAUGCUAUUUGAAGUGUCUCCUAAACUUCCUUGAAUGAAUAAUACAAUAGGGCCUUAUUGGUUAGUGAUAACAAACUAGUGAGAUAGCCUUAAACAUGUUCUUAAAGUAAAAUUGAGUAUUAAAAGGGAGUGAUAUAGUUUUGUAAUAAUUUUGAAUGUCAUAUAAAGUGGAAAAAGUCAGCUGCAACUGCAUCUGAGGCUCUCUGAGAGUCAGUCUUCAGUGCUUCUUCUUACCCAAGGAAUUCAACUAUGGCAGACACUACAGCACAGAAGAAACACUUUCGGAUAGCCAAGCUGAAACUUCCAACCUUGGCCGCAGAGAAUAUCAAAAGCCAGUUGCAGCAGCUAACCCAUGGAGAUAGUAGGCCAAUUCAUUUUGAUCUAGGAUUUGAAAUACGCAAGGCUCCAACAUUGCGGGCGGCUUUGCUUUCAAAUGAAUUUUUCAGAAACCUUGGAUCUUCUGGUACUCAACAGUUUAGCAUGCAACUUAAGAGACUUGGUUUCAUACCAGACAACCCUCUUAACAUGUUCACUGAAGUGUUUUCUGAAAUUAAACAAGGACCCAAUAAUAUUAAAUUCAAAGCUGCAUGUGAAAUACCAUCUCUUCCGGACAUAUAUUCAACUAAAGAAUCCAAAGCUGCCUGUGAUAUGCCAUUGCUUCCAAACAACAAUGUGAAGAUGCUCACGGAUGCUGCCUCCUACAAAAAUGGCCCUACAAGUGGGUUCAACAGCCUGUUCAAUAAUAUCAAGAGGAAAUAAGCAAGGAAGUGUCAAUACCGGAUCCUGAAGUUAUCAAUUAUGCUUGAAAAUGGGUGACUCCAUGGUCUUUAAUUGUUAUUUGUGCCAUGAUGAGACAGAUCUUCUCAAUUGCAAGAAAACUUGAUGUCAACUUGGAUCCUCUCAUGUGUAAAAAAACUUGAGAGUGUCAAGUUUCAUCAUCUCACCAUUAAUUUUAUUUUAUUUUAUUUUUCAUUUAUUAUCUACACAACACAAAAGUUAAUGGUGAGAUGGUAAAACUUGACACUCUCAAGUUUUUUUACACUUGAGAGGAUCCCGGCUCCAAGUUUCAUCAUCUCACUAUUUAGUUUUGUGUGUUUAAUAAUUAAAUAAAUAAAAGAUAAUUAAAUCAAUAGUUAGAUGGUGAAAAUGGCAUGAUCAAGUCUUUUAACAAUUGAGGGAAUCCUCAUUAUUAAUUUCUCUUAUUUCAUAAAGGAAAUAGUCAGUUAAGGAUAAUUCUAAGGGAUUCCUCUGGAAAAAAUAGAGAUGUCUCCUACGUUACCCGUACUAAGUGGAAGUAGCGACGUAAUUUCAUAGAGUCAUUCGGUCUGAAUGCUACAUGAAGAACAUAAGCCGGAUGAAGUAACAGAAAGACCUAGGGUGUAGAACAUCAUAACAUGAUUGAUUCAACAGAUUUGGAUUCAUAUA